CUCAAUGCGAGUUGGUAAAUACUGAAUGAAAUAUUAUCUGAAAUGGUAUUUGGGAAAAGCUAAUGGAAAGCUGUGUUUCUAUCUACAAAGAGUGGUUUUCUUCUUUCCCCCAGCUGAUAGUAAAACAUGAACCCUAUAGUCCAGCCUGUAAUAUCUUUACUCACUUUUCCAUUUUCCCACAGUCUUAAGUGUCAGCUACAAUAUCUUUUCCUGUUCAUUCCUUUGAAGCCUGCCUUAGCUUAUUCUGGCCUGUGUUGGUGAUGGACAAAUCCAACAUCUGUUUGAGCAGGAUAGGUGAUUAAUGGAGAAUGUGUGUGCACGCUAUUUCAAAGAAGAUAAAUGGGCACCUGGGGCAGUUUAUGCCUGUCAGCUGGAGGAGGGUACAAAGGAAUGCUGCCAACUGAAAAAAAACAAGUGGAAAUGCCAGCAGAUCAAAUAAAACAACUGAAAGAAAAAUUCUUGUAAGGUUGAAAAUGUAGAUUUUUAGAAUUGAAUGCUUAGCACUUCUGAGUGGUCUUUUUUAUCGGUUCUCCCAUGCCUUUAGCCAGUUUCUCGUAUUGAAAAACUUUCUUGUAAAUAGCACAAUAUCGUGUAGGAUAAAGGAAACCUUACAUGAGAAAAGAUGGCAGUAUUUUCAACUUCAAGACAUUUAAAAGCUAGAAUAAGACAAUCUAUGUAGCUGUUUAGCAGAUGCUGUAAAUGAUUCACCAAGAUGUUUGCAAAAGCAACACGGAAUUUUGUGAGAGAAACGGACAGCGGAGGUGAUUUGAUCCCUGUUUCCCAUUUGAACGCCUCAGACAAGCUGCAGCUUCUGAGCUUAGUUACAAAGAGGAAGAAAUUCUGGUGCUGGCAGAAGCCCAAGUAUCAUUUCUUGGCAGUCUCGUUGAGUGAUGUGCUUACUGAAGACAAACCUAUAAAACCAGUAAUUGUGGAAUCUGACUUUGCAAAAUAUAUGGGGAAAUUUGAAGAUGUUGUCCAAGGAGGUAUUGAAACUUCAUUUGGAAAGAUCAGCCUGGGAGCCAGAGCAAAGGGCUGUGUGGAAAGCCAGUCCUCCUUUGGGAACCUGAGGAAACAAGAGGUUGACUUGCAGCAGCUUAUGAAAGAUGUCAAGGACAGAAUGAUAAAUUUAAAUAGUAGUUUACUGCAACAAGUAAUAGAACGAAAGCGUGAAGUACUGUGCAUCUUGAGGGAGAAGAUAAUAACAACACAAAGGUGUACAAUAUCUGAACAUGUCCAGACAGAAGAAAAAGUCAGCGGUCUGCUGGGAUGCAGUACGAAGAUAGUGCAGGUUUCAGUGAGUGACAGUGGAAGUAUGAUGAAGGAUUCCAGCGUGAUUCUCGAGAUUCCUCCUGCAACCACUAUUGCCUAUGGUGUAAUUGAACUGUUUAUAAAGUGUGAUGGGCAGUUUGAAUUCUGUCUGCUAGAUGAACAGCAAGGAGGUUUUGAAAGAGAAAGCUCAGAGGGUUCGGCGUCACCCCACUCAGUGCUGUUCAGUGACACUUCGUUCCUGUAUCACCCAGAUGCUGUUGAUAAUGGGAUGCACUCUGGGGCUGACAGCCCCAUUCCCAGCCACGCUUCUUUAAGUGUGUUGAAAGAAGGUCUGUCACAGCUGAAGGCUCAGUUCCAACCCUUUGUGAAGCUGCCAGAAGACAAGCAAAGAGCUUUAUAUAAAAGUCUGUGCGAACUCCUGCUGCAUGAAGAAACAUUAACUGCCCUGGAAGAUGUGUUAGAUGCUCUGUGUGCAGGAGACAAGCCAGACCUGAAGGAGUUAAAACCUGCACAGCAGCAGGACCUGGCUGACUUCCUCCAGCUGGUGGGGUGCAGUGUACAGGAUGAGCUAUUGUUGCAGAAUUAUCAGCUUCAAGAUGAAGAACUGCUCUCAGCUGUUCACCUCCUCAUCAGUGCUAUCUCUGAGCUGUCUGAUUACACUCUUGUCCUGCUGCGUGCCUGCUCUGAUCUACAGGUUGUUCCGGCAUUGUGUUGCUUGCCUUACAUCGCUUCAGCUGAUGGCACCUUGGCACUGAGCAGUCCUUUGGUGGCAACUCUCACUGACAGAGGAAGAUUUGAUGUUGUGCAAAGGCUUUUUGCUUCAACGAACAUUAAUUUGGAGAAGACAGAGUCUUCUGUAAAAGCUGUAACUAUGAGAGAACCCAGAUUCUUCCCACUUGUUCUUUAUGUUGCGCUUUGCGGGCUUCACAGUUUGAGUGGGGCUGUAGAGGAGCUUUUCUGAGCACUGCCCUCCCUGUUCUUCCUUGUGUAGCUUUGCAGUGUAGCGCUGAUGCUUGUGAGCAUGUGAGAGCCCUGGGGUUGAGUUUUCAGGGCUCUGAAGCCAGGUGGCACAGGGCAGCACAGGCAAGGAGUGAGCACACUGCUGCUCUGCAGCUCCACUAAGGUUUGUCUGCAGUGGAAAAUACAUAAAUAAGUAAAUAAGGGAUGCAGGGGAAGAAGGAAAAAAAAGAUGAGCCUGGAAGAGAAACUGAACAUAGCUAUUCUGAUAGUUGUCAGAACUGCAGAGCAGUGGAAGCCUGAUUGCUUGCAUUAAUAUGCGUGGGAGAAAACUGCAAAGUACAAACUGCUUUUUGUAAGCAAGCGAGCAAAAAGGCUGUGGAAAUGUAGCAUCGUGCAAUGCAGUACGUGCUUUGCUCACUCAAGACCUGACGUGCAGAAUACCUUCACUCUGGAGGAUGUGAAGUGGAGGGCACUUCAUUAGGUUUUUCUUCAUUAAGUGUAGUUUGGCUUUAUGGAUGUGAGCUGCACACUGCAGGAAAUAAUGAACUCUUUUUUUUUUUUUUCCAAAACUGAGACCACCUUAGGGAUUUCUACCUCUUUUCCAAUAAGUUUUUACUAAGCUUAGCAAGUUUCAGCUGCUUACAUUGUAUUUUGAACUUUCUCUUUGAGAUACGGUGAUGCCUUCUGGUAUGUGCAUAGCAGAAGUCCUUGCUGCACUCCACAAAGCAAUCAUUUUACCCAUGUGACACUUCCAGUGUUUUGCUCGUGUCUUUCACUAACAGCAGAGCUUUAUAGCACAGUUAAUGUAAAGCACUUUGUGCUUUGAACUGUUCUGCCUUUUUUUGAUCAUAAUUUUCUGUGAUCAUGGAAAUGGGACAGAAGUGCAGGAGAGAUCACUGUAAAUGCAGGAAGCUGUUCCAAUGAAGCAGGCUCUUGGUGCUUUUAGCCAGCACUGGGGGAUGGUUGACACUUAGGCACCUGGAAGGAGAGGUGCUCAGACUGAGGUGGUGGUGUUUCAGUGUCUCAUUUGUAAUGUGAGUGUGAAGUGAAGCUGAUGGUUUUGGCCCAAUGCUGCACUGGUGCGUACGGAAAUGCCCUGAGAGCACCUUACCCUGCUUGUGUGAGUUGUGUGUCUGUACAUGGGAAGGUUUGCUUUUGCCAACUGCUUGUAAGCAAGUUGCCUCUGUAAUUGUUUUAUCAGAAUUUUGUAUUUAAUGUCAUGGAUGUCAGGACAGUAGAAUAAUUUUAAAAGUCAAUUUGCGUGAUUUCCAUUCAUCUUUUUUCUGAUUCCAGUCCUUUUCUUGGCUUUGAAAGUUGGUGCGUGCAGACAGCAAGAAGAUGCGUGUGACUCCACGUAGUGCUGCUGUCCACGUACCCUGAUUUUACUCUUGUUGUAAACCUUGUAUGUGCUGCACUUAACUGCUUUCAGGGUUGGUGGGCUGUACUGAAGGGGAUGAGGGGGUUUGUGAGGGGAUUUGUUUGCAUAGGAAAAAGACCCCCAGGUAUUCUAUAGAAACUGUUACAAAAAAAAAGGCAUUGGUUGCACAGGGCAGCCACCAGGCGUGGGUCUGCCCUUUUCUGUGCUCUCUGUCCUUCUGAAAGUAGCAUCUUUCUGCACAUGAACAUUCAAAAUAGCUCAGGCUGGGGAUACGUAAAUCCAAAGAGGCAGCAGCAGCAAUGAGUCUCUCUCCAUCUAAGUUUUGUUCUCCCCUUCCCUAAGCUAAAUGAGGAGAGCCUCUUCAGGGACCCUGGCUGCACUGAUCCAAAUGAAUUCAGAUUCUACUCAGCGCAUCCUGGCUGAAGCAGUGAUUGCUUGUGACAGGCUGGCCUCGUACAGAAAGCGCUCCUUCAAGGUUAGCUGGGGUCUUCCCUAGAAAACAGAGGUGGUAAGAGGGCACUGGGGUCCUUCAGGAGAGGUUGGCGCUUCAUUUCACUCUCAGCUGUCUCUCCCUUGUUGCUUCCUGAUACACUUGCCUUCUGCAGAAGGGGGAAGACCCCUCAGCUUUGCAUUUCAGAAUCACAUCGGGACAAGGGAAGGUGAGGUCAGCAGUUGCUUUUCAGUCUCUUUGAUUUAUUUUUUAUUUUUGUCUCCAGCAGCCUCAGCCUUGAUGUAACGAGUAAUGAGUGCUCACCUUGUGGUGCUGCAGGCCUCAGCUGCCGGAGCUUUAUGUAUGCUGGUGAAUUACAAUGUGAACAUAGGAGACUGACACCCUUAAUAGGGUAGUGAUUAGAAAGUAAGCAGCCCCACUUUAGCAGUGGUAUUUAUAGGAUGGUUGAAGAGGCCCCAGAGUGCUCUGCAUAGGAUCUGGAAUGGGUGCAUUCAAAAGCCAAAAAGUCACAUUUCUGAACUGUGACCAACACCUUCCUUUCACGAGAGAAUCUCCAUCCUGUUUUCACCCCCUUGAAAUGAGUUUCAAAUGUUGAAUGCCAUUCAUUUCCCACCCUCCGAGCUGUAGCUGAGUCCCGGAGCUUAGCACAGGAGCACAGCCCUUCAAUCUGGAAGGAGGGCAGGGGAAUUCCACAGCACUGCUUGCCUUUUCUUCCUGGUAAGCCUUCACAGCCUGUGGAGAUCAUCUCUUAGUUAGCUACAAGUCACAGAAAGACAAAAAAAAAAUCCAACAAAAAAGAGUGUAGUUUUUCAAUAUUAAAUCUUUAUUAUAUACAAAAAUAUUUUGUUGGGAAUUAAGAGAAUUUCACAAUUUGUACAUUAAUAUUUUUACGCUUGGCUGUGUUUACUGUGAAAAUAUUAGCUGUGAAAAAGACAAAUGGGGGUUUUAGAAAACAAGUUACAAUUUAAAAAUGUCCUAUGUGGUAGCUGAUCAAUAGAAAGUCAGCCUGGUAUUGAGUCCCACCUCCUAGGCCUGCUCUAAAGCACUGUAUUCAAACAACAGUUAGCUGCUACUAAGUCAGCUUCAGUUUUGCACUAGAAAAUUUAUUUAAUAGUUAAGAUUGUUUUGUAGGAUAUUUUCAGCUAAUAGAAAGUGUUUCUUUACAGGAGAGCAGUUCUUCAACAUUUACAAGUUUUAAAUCCAGUUUAGUUUAAUAUUCUGUAGAAGGAAAAAAAAUAAUUCUUCAAAGCUUCCAAGAGGGAAAAACAGAUAUGAGAAUAAGCAAGGGAAAGAGAUGUACACUGACACUUCUAACACACAUAUUUAAAUCAAAACACUUAAACAAGGUUUGAUAGUUCUUAGCCCAGCUUGGGGUGAGAGGGUGCCAAAGUUUCUGCUUUAAAACCUAAGGAAGAGGUUCCUCCUUACUUUGGGGUACUCAAGUGUUACAUACAGGAGAUGCAUGCUGCAGGAGUCAUGGCCAGGGAAAGCUCAACAUGCAUUUUCAGUGGGGGAGAAAUCCCUUUCUGCAUCUCUCUCCAUAAGUAAUGGCACAAGAGGAACCAACACAAAUUGGUCAAAAAAACCCAAAAAAAACAGAAGAAAAACAACCCACAAGAAUUUUGCAGCCAAUGAUUUUGCUGCCACUCCCAGAACUGUACAAAGCGGUGUCAUUAAUGCUGCUCUGCACAUCAUACAAGAUGUCAAAUGACUGACAAGUUACUGGGGCUGUAGGAAGAGGUCUACCAUACUCCAGGUGAGUGCUGUCUACCCAUGGAGUGCUGACUUGCAUCAGCUGUGAAGACAGCCGAAGCUGUAGGGACAUGCAUUACCAUGGAGCUAAUGAAUAAAUGGGAGAAAAUGGUUCCAGGACUACUUUAACCCUAUUAUCAUUAUAGGCUGGUCCUAUUCCCCAUCCAACCUCUGCAUAAGCAGCGAAAGAAAAUCCAUACCCGACUACUAUGAGAAAAGGUUAAGAAUAUUGAGAACAAAAUUCACACUUACUUUAAAUGUACUGUAUCCUAUAAAAUAUAAAUAUUGCUGAAACUCUCCUUUAAAAAAAGAAGAAAAAAAAUCUAUUUGGAGGUAAAACUGCUACACAGCCUUUACCAAGCUGGCAUUUUUAUGUAAGCAGGUAAAUUCCAGCUCCAGUACCAGUAAAUGAACAAAGAAUUCAGCAGUUUAUUGUGUCAGUUUGUGGAACAGUAUCCCACUGUGGUCCAAAAUGGAGAAUUCAAGUUAGCAAAUACUGUUUUAAAUACUUGCAGUAUAUUAAUCCUAAGUUCUAUUUAUCUAUUUCUAUAUAUCUAUAAAUCAGUGUGCAAGUACACUAAUACUAUUUGGAAGCCAAAGCUGCCUCUGAAAAUUUGUUAAUUUUACAUUUUUUUUUAAUGCAAUACGAUUUUUUCUUUUGCAUCCUGUACAGGACUGCCAACAGCCACUUCCACUGUUCUUAAGUACCAAUGCUUACAUUGACCACUGUGUCCUCUGAAGGAGGCAAGGUGAGAAUCCCAGACAGUUCACAUUAGAAAGAUCGUUAAAGAUGCGAAAACCAAAAAGGGUGGGGGAAAAAACAAAGAAACCAGGGCCUCUCCACCUUCAAGCAUGACAGUCCAGCAGAGAAAUCAAAGUCCCUUUCACUGAAGAAAUCUUGUUAAUGGCCCAGGAGAUGUUUUCUGUAAGAACUACAGGGAUAUUUAAGGCAAGAGGUCUGGCAGACUAGAAGUCUCUUGUAUCAAGUGACCACUAUCACAGAUAAAUCAAUCUCUGAACACUUUUGCAGAAGAAGCAUUGUUAAACUUGGCAAUAACAACACAAUGCUUUAACACUUCAGAAUUUGGGUGAGGCAAGAAACCCUGCACGAAGUAAAUACUCGUAUUAGCAUGAUAGAUGUGACAGACUUCCACCUGUAAUUAGUGUUAAAACUGUACCUACAGGCACAAAAAGUGACUGGGCAACUACUGCAGCAGGCACUGUACAUGUUUUGAGAAUUGGCAUCUGCCUCCAAGUUCAAUCUGAAAGAUGAAGAUAGAUGAAGACUAGAUGGGAAGCCAAGGAAUAGGGAGAGAAGUUCGGGUUGGAUCAUGUUCACAGUAAUGGCUUGUGUAAAAACAUAACCCAGCUCUCCUCAUUUCCGGAGUUGUGUCUACCUGUCCUUCUCCACUGGUCCUUUCUUAAACACAGCAGAGAGGCAAACUUGGCUUCAAAGGGGCCCUAGCCUGGAAUUUUCUGUCUUUAAAAGUUAAAAGAAAACGUCCUGUUUAUUAUCUGAAUCAGUCUUAAAAAAAAAACAACCAUACAAACAAACCAUGGAACACUUCCUGAAUGCUGAGCUGCCGGCAGUUUGUACAGCAAAUCACUCAGGUGGGAUUUGAGAGGACACAAUCAGUUAGGACAGAAGAUAAGGAAAAAAAAAGUUCCAUUUGAAUCUACCAAGGAUGUGACAGAUAAUACAAACACAGAUUCAGAAAGAGUCAAUCUGCUAUCCUGCAGCUUUUGUAUGACUGAGACACAGAGCUGCACUGAUCUGAGAACUCUGCAGCCUGAGUGUACCAAACCGGGUGUAAGGCUUAUUUCCCUUGCCUGUGUCAGUACCUGAUACUGCUCCAAUUUUACCUCCAUUUUAUGCUUACAUUAUUAAAGCCCUUUGUAAGUCUAUGCAAGAUGACAUAUUACACCAAACUUUAAUUGACUGCAUGUUGUCACAUGACUUAGAACCUAAAGUAGACCUGCAGGUCUAACAGUGAGAGACAGCAAGGUAAUCACGUGGGUAUAAAUGCACCAAACAGUAUUUACAUUAAGGUUGAGACUGGUGUAGAGCUUGAGGAAUUUUUGGUGCACUUAAAGAAAUAACUUAUGGGUAUUGGCAUAUUGACUGCGGUUUUAUGUAUAGCUUUUCAUACAGAGGGCAACAACAGUGUUUCUUCUAUAAGUCUCUCUAUAUGUACAGAAUUUUACAGCACCUCCAUGCACUGUUUAAAACAUAGAAAUUACAGAUAAAUAUAGAACUUUUAGAUUGAAAUAUCUGUAUAUUUAGAAAAAUAUACAUUAGUAAACACAACAAACCAGGUUGAGAAGUGUACCAGUUCUAAAGUCUCACAUGCAGGUACAUUUCCGGAUUAAGUCAUGGGAGAUAGAAAUGUGGUUGCAGACAUGAGCGUUUUUGUUUCACCAUCCACAUACAUACAUAUACACAGACAACUAUUUGAUAAUUCACUUUUCUAAUCUACUUACUUAAAUAUUUAUCUUGUGAUACAUACCACAUAUCUUAAACAUUUAGCAGCAUCUUCGCCUCGCUCAGACACACCUAUCGUUAUUAACAGUCAAUGCAAAAGUUUUCCUGUUAUCUGGAAAAUGAAUGCUCAGUACAGAAUGAGAGACUUGACAUCCUAGCUAUUUAUCCCCCAGGAAUACUUCAAACAGCUCUUAUAUGAAAUGGCUUCCCUUGCUCAGAACUCGCCUUUCACACCAUCUUUUUCCUCACAGUGCAACGCGCAGCUCCCUGCCCAACUUCUGACUUUGCACACUAUAACAGGUGGAGUCUGGCACCACCGUGUACGUGACCAACAUGACAUCCUCAUUCCAAGACUCUCCAGGAAUGCUUUGGUUUAAUAAAAGUAACUUAUUUUCAAUCCAGUCACCCUACUGGGCAACAAUAAUCUAAGCAGAAUAUCUGAUGAAAAAAAUAAUUCCCAAACACUACACACCUGCCAGCAUGGACUCUCAGUUCGUAUGAUUUAACAAACAGAUGCAAGGAAUGUAUUUUUUCCUCCUUUGAACUCGCAUGUGACCAUCCAGUUAAAACCUGCUCUCACUUUGAUAACGGUUCUUGAAUGCAACCUUAGCAACCCACUGCUUAUUGCCUCAGAUUGUACUUCUCAUUAGCAUCUAUAUUAACAGCAGCAAAGGGUCAGCUGCUGGGCUCCACGGUGCUGACUUAAAUGUGCUUGAUUGCUGAACACCGAGUGGAGCUUAAGCGAAAGCUAAAGCUUCAGGCUUCAGCAAAUGCACAGCUACGUUCAGACUGCUUACUGUGUAGGCCCUUUGCACAGUGUGAUCUCUGAGGUGGAAAUAGGAGGAGCGAGGUUUUCGUCACUGACGCUUGGUGCCCAUGUCUCAUGGGAUUCUUUUGGCUGAGCACCUGUCUGAAAAAUGAUGACAACAAGUGGUGUUUGCAAUAUGAACCACUGUGGGGUGGAAACUGAAGAAUCAUCUCAUUCCAUUUGUUAAGGAAUAGUGAGCUCAGCCCACUUUUGGCAUCACAAACAGAGUAUUUUCUAACUCAUAAUGAAAAGGCAUCGCAUCUGUCCGGGAAGCACAUCUUAUUUACAGCACAUGUAGGUCUUCUAUGACACAGUAUACAAACACAGUUCCAUCACGUUAAGCUUAUAAUGCCAAAACGAAACCACUGAAAUAGUCAAGCAACGGCACUGCUGUCUUUGCUGCCACAUGAAACACUCCAUUUCUCAGAGCAGUCUCUGAGUGACAGGAUCACAGAACACAUCUCUGGGAAAGGCAAAUAAAGGGCUAGUGCUGAUGCUGCCACACUUAAAAGCUCUACCCAGCUUAAAUAAAACCAGAGCAAACAAAACCAACAAAGCAAAGUAGUGGCACAAAUUUUCCUUUGAAACUUUCAGAUUCCCUCCAUAAGACUGAAAUCUCCGUGUUCAGAGCCACGACAGCCCAUGCUUACACAGCUCUGACAAACAUUUUCCAAAUGCACUGCGAUCUUAAGCUGCCUCCUGCCAAACAACCAACUUCAUCAGCUUUAAAAAUCACCUGAGCAUAUAGGUGGGGUGGUUUUGCUUUUUGAGAUGUAAGCUUUUCUUAUAUCAACAGAUUCUCACGUGCAUGUAGAAGGCUUUAAGAGCUCUAGGAACCAAUACUGCUUUACAGUGUGCAGGCCUCUUUUUCUUCAGAACAACCUCUGAGGAAAUUGCCUUUUAGAGUGUUCUGUAUCACACUUUGGUGUUGAAAAAGAAUUCAGAAGCAAGGUGCCUGUCAUCAGAUGGAAGAGAAAUUAAGCAAAUAGAUGACUUCUGUUAGCCUGGAAAGCGAUGGUGAAUGUUGCUAUAUACAACAGCUAACAGGGUAAUAUAAAAUGUGAUCACAAAAAGAGCGUGUCUCAGUGACAAGCUGUAUUUUCGUUUUGUUCUUGUCAAGCAGAAACUUACAUUAGCAUAAGCUUUGAUCGAUGAACCUAACGUGACUUAUGUCUAUGAGCCUACAAAGGGGAGAACUGUCACCAAACACAAAAAGUAGUAUGCUGUAAAGCACAAAAAUUAUGAACAGCAUGGCUUUUUAGCAGUAAGCUUCCAAUUUACAAGCUACCUAAUGAAAAAAUCAAUUAAAAACACAAUGCAACAAAGAGCACAGAAAUUCCAUUACAUCACGCUCAAAAAUACAACAGUUGAUCACACAAAUUUUCCAAAAGAGAACACAAGAUAUCUCAGGAAAUUAAGCCACAGAUCACUAUUUAAACAUCAAUGAUGUCCUAAGAAAAGAAAAUUCUAGCUUGGGUUCUUUUUUUUUGUUUGUUUUUUGUUUGUUUGCUUUUUUUAAAAUCAAUGUGUUUUCACACGCAUGAAUACAACAGUCCUAAAUACUAAGCUUUACUCUACAAGGCUCCGCUAUCAGGUUCUCUCUCCAGCUAUUCAGCACUGCACUGAAUUACCUUGCAUACACGCUCCCUGCCGUAGGUACUUCCACCACAAGAGGCUUCACACGGGUUGGCUCCCAGGAACAGCUGAUGAGCAGCAUGCAAGGUAUUGCUUCGUGUGAUUUCAAGAAACACGUAAGGGAACCUACAGAACAGUUGUCUAAAUCAAGAGACACCAGGAAUUCGUGAAACAUCGAGAAUGCUUCAACAUUCAGCAGAAAGAAGCUGGAGCAAUGGAGCUGUGUCACUCGUUGCUUUUAGCAUUUGAAAUUCUACUCCUGUCAAAUCAUUACUUCAAGGAAAAAAAAAAGAAA